AAAACGAGUGAAUUUCAGCCUUUCUGUCAGAAUGGUACACAAGGCUUGACUGAGAGAUCUUGGAGUGGAUGGCACAAGGUGAUCAGUGCUGCAGAGAAAAUCAUCCUUCCUUCUCUGAUUGGGAUUAUCUCUUCAACAGACUUAGUUGGAAAUAUCCUCAUUGUGUUCACAAUAAUAAGAACCCAGAAAAAAACUAUCCCAAAUAUCUACAUCUGCAAUCUGGCUAUAGCAGAUUUGGUUCAUAUCAUUGGCAUGCCUUUUCUCAUACCCCGGUGGGUAUGUGGAGGCGAGUGGGUUUUUGGUAGCCCUCUUUGCACCAUCACUACCUCCCUGGACACAUGCAACCAGUUUACAUGCAGUGCCAUUAUGACUGCAAUGAGUUUGGACAGGUACCUACAUUUGGAGCAGCCGAGACUGACAAGCAUGAGAAAAUGUAUUACUGGUUUGCCCAUUGCUACACUUUAUCUUACCAUAACUUUCUUUUUUCCUUUACCAUUGAUAUUUAUUUGCUAUAUUUUAGUUUUAUAUUACACAUGGAAGAUGUAUCAGCAAAACAAGAAAGCAGGAAGGUAAAGUCACCAUAUCCCCAGGCAGAGAGUUAUGAAGCUCACUAAGAUGGUGCUUGCUCUGAUCAGCACUACCCCCUUCCAUGUGAUCCAGCUCAUGAAUCUUCAGGUUUCUCAGCCGACCCUGACCUUCUAUAUGAGCUACUACAUCUCCGUGUGCCUCAGCUAUGCCAGCAGCAGCAUUAAUCCCUUUUUAUACAUCCUGCUUAGUGGGAACUUCCAGAAGCAUCUCCAGCGAUGCACAGAUAUGGAAUUCAGGAUGGCAGAAGGGAUGACAACAUCAUUGAAAACACCCUCGAGUCAAGUUUUCAAAAGGAGGUUCUUCUCCCAAGAAAAAAUACCAUGUCUAUAUGUAGAUUUUAUUUGUUGCAAUAGAUAGGCCUGAUUUCACUUUCUUCAUGAAAGUGAAACUCAGAAGUGACUUUAUUGCUGGAAACACCUCAGUGUUAAGCUGAUGGAAGGGGGUCUGCACCACUGUUUUCAAGGUAAGAGCUCCUAGAAGAGGGAUUCUCUGCAAAAAUAUUCUUUGUUAUUGUGACAUUGUCUUUUUUAUGAUUUGUACAUAGAUUGGCUUUGAAUGGAUGGAGACAAAAGUAGGUUUUAAAAACUGUAGUCCUCUGGUAAUAAGAUAGAAUGACAGCAGGAGGCAUUUCAGAUCUGGCAGUGUGUGAAGUCAUAGAAACUGUCAGUUAUUCACAAAGAAGAGAAUCAGUUACUGAUGACUCAGAAGGGGGUAACUAUUGAUUUUUAUCCUAUCUACAACUGUCUCAUCUGGCACUCACUUAUGCAGCAAUCAGAAUCAGGGGAGAGACACGAAAGGCUCUUUUGGAGGAAAGCUACUUUUGAAUUAACCUUUGCACAUAAUCUUGCAAACAAAGAAGUGAAUUCACAGUGUGUGUCAUUGGAAAUUAUUAAACAUGAGUUUUGAAAAUAACUGUAUGUGUCAGGGAUAUGUCUUUGCUUCUCUUUUCUCAAAAUCCCUGUUUCUGAGACAACCUGGAGAAGGGUGUUCAGUCCCGAAAGAGUUCAGUGCUGGUCUCACUACAAGGGCCAAGAGGAACUUGGUGCUUGCCCAGGAUGCACUCUUCCUCAUCUCAAGAUGGGUAGAAGAAUGCCUGCUUGUUGUCAACACUUAAUCAACAAGUUUUCUAAUAGUAGGAUGUAACGAGGCAACCUUAUUAGGAUCUUGACAGCUAAUAGAAAAAAAUUGGGGAAAGAAAAUUCUGUUGAAAAAUCUAGUGUUCUUGAGAGUUGUUCAUGUUUUUGGCAAUCACUACAUUGUGGGUUCAUCUGCAUCAUGUACUCUUCUCAGUCCACUUUCUCUUGUCUGAGGACUUCACUUAUCACUCUAUUGGGUGAAGAAAAUAUGUCACUAGGAUCAGAGGUUUUAUGGCUACAGUAUUAUUGUUAUUCAGAGACCUGAUGAAUCUGAAAGAUUCAGGAUACACCUCCCCACACUUACAGUUAGCUUCCCUCUUGUUGAUACAUCCCAAAUGAGCCUUUUACUCAGUUAUUUGCAGCAUUGUGGAGGUCACAGUUAGUGAUUAUACUCCGUGAUCUGCCAACCCACUGCAGGAUUCAUGACACAGGAAAGAAGAAAAUGUUUUCACAAGAGUAAGUCUGAACUCCACAUUCCCAAGCUGAGAACUGAGGUAUUGGUCUGUCUUCUCCUGCUAUCAUAUGAAAUCUGCAAGUCCCAUAGAGUCUGACACUGAAAGAGGACAUAUUAAAAUUAGAUACAGAAAAAGAGAUUAAGGGGUCUGAAAUCACUAUUAAUAGUUUAAAGCCAAAGCUUUACAUAGCAAAUGCAUCACAAAACAUUUGUGAUGGUGUUAUUGUACCCAUAGGAGUCUAAGGGAAUGCUCAAGAUAAACUUUCUGAGUGAAAGAAAUAUCUUAAUUAAACUCUGAAGGAUAGCCGCAUAUAAAGGUUCGUUCAGAUCUAAAAAGUUUAUCUACUUUUCCCAGCUGUACAAAUUUGUCUAUUAGAAGCCUGAUCUCUACCUACAGGCCUUGUCAUUUAAAAUAAAUUAUUUAAUUAACAGUUUACACAAAAGGUGGCUUAUCAAGUAUUACCAAACUAUGGCUGUGCCAAGUGCAAGUUUGUUAGUUCACUGUUCCAGUCAGUGCCUGCAUGUGUCACCUUUUCUUCUGAGUUACAACUGUUGUCUUCUUCUUUUCCUUUUUUCUAUUUGCCUGGCCUUUUGAAUGAGAACAGAUCAAUAAUGAUAUGAUAUUUAACACUUAUAACAAUAGUAAAAUAGUCUUUUAUAACAGCCUUGGUGUUUUUCUCUUUUGUCUGUCACACCACCAUUUUAAAGUCACUCUGCUUCCGAGGUCAUAGCAAUGCAAUGGAACCACAGAAGCAUAACUUCAUUAAAUUUUCCCAACAGCAAGGACUACAGGGCAUUGAAUGUCCUCUUCUGUGAGACACCAAUAAAGUAGUUUAUAGUUCUGCAUUUUUUUCAUCCUGUCCAUAUUGUUUUAAUCUUCUGUAUCUAAAAAUAAAAUUGAUGUAUUUCAGAGAAAUUUGUGUAAAUAUUAAAACUUUUUAUUUACCAGUUACUAAAUUGUCUAUGUGAAUGGAAGUCC